AUGGCUUCUAAUUCUAAUGGCGAAGGGUCUUCUACCAUGCAAAAGGUUGAGGCAUGUACAAGCAAGGAUAUUGACGUGCCAAUGCCCAUUUACAAUGUACCUUACAAGAUCCUCUGUAAAGUUGUCAGCGUGGUGUUACAGGCUGAGCCCAACACAGACGAAACUAUUGCGCAUAUUACUUUGGUACCUGAGAAAGAAGGAGAAAGCUCACAGCACCGCACCAACCCAUCCAUAGCUAGGGAAUGUUUUAUACAAUCCUUCAGUAAAAAGCUAACUCCAUCUGACACUAGCACACAUGGUGGCCUCUCCGUACCAAGAAAAUGUGCUAAUGAAUGCUUUCCGCCUCUGGACAUGUUUCAGCAUCUCCCUUCACAGGAUCUGGUUGCCAAGGAUUUGCAUGGGAUAGAGUGGUCCUUCCGUCACAUAUAUCGUGGUCAGCCAAAGCGUCACUUGCUCAGCAGCGGCUGGAGUAGUUUCGUGAAUUCAAAGAAGCUAAAUGCAGGAGAUACUUGCAUAUUCUUCAGGGGUAAAACUAGCAAACUCUUUAUCGGAAUCCGUCGUGCAAUAAAGCCGGAAAACAAUACUUCAGCAUCUCUGUUAUCAAGUCAAAGCAUCCAACAUGGAGUUCUGUCUGGUGCCUUCCAUGCGAUUUCUACAGAAAGCUUGUUUAAUGUGCAUUAUUAUCCUUGGAAAAAUCCAGUUGAAUUCAUUAUCCCUUAUGAUCAAUACAUGAAGGCUGCCGAAAUCGAUUAUGGUUUUGGGAUGAGAUUUAAAAUGAAAUUCGAAAGCACAGAGGGAUUCCAAGUUGAAAGGAGCCCAAAAUAUGGGGGUACUAUCAUUGGUAUCAAAGAUAUUGAUCAUAUCAGAUGGCCUGGGUCAGAGUGGAGAUGCAUCAAGGUGAAAUGGGAUUCUGCAGAAGAAGCUGCUAUUUGCCCCAACAGGGUUUCUCCGUGGAGCAUUGAACUUGUUGAAAUAUACAAGACGAAACGAAAAUCUAUUCCAUCGGACUCAAAGAAGGCACGGCCUUCCAAUCCUUUGUUUCCCUUCUCUGUGAACGAUGGCUUAACAAAGAACUCUGUCGAGCACAUACAUCACAGACACUCAGGGGUCUUGCAAGGUCAAGAAUUUGGAGCCGUUGAUGCUUACAACCAGCGAACAUCAGCACAGCUGCCAGCCGGUGACAGUGGCACAUGCAUGCUUUUCGGUGUUAAUAUUCUCGGGAACCAGCCCAAAGUCCCUUCCCCACAAUUUUUAGUUGGUGGUGAACUCAACAGUUUUGAUGUGGUCCCACCACCUUCAUCUCAAGCAGGCAUCAUGGAAACCAUUAAUGUUCAGGAGCUAUCUGAUGGCAAUCUUCAAGAAGAACUAUACAGCUGUCUUCACAUCAACCGGAGUUGCACAAAGGUAAUGAAGUAUGGAACUGCCCUUGGAAGAUCCAUCAAUCUCUCACGUUUCAAUGGUUAUGGCGAACUUGUGUCUGAGCUUGACAAGAUAUUCGAAUUUAGUGGCACUCUCAUUGAUGGGAGCUCUAAUUGGCGCCUAAGCUACACUGAUGGUGAAAGAUACAAAAUGCUUGGAGACUGUACCUGGGAGGAAUUCCUGGCCAUAGUAAAGAAGAUGUUCAUCAGUCCUAAAGAAGUUGCUGAUUCUGUACAUGCAAGGGCACCGAUUUGA